AAAUGUUGAUUAAAUAUUACAGAAAAACCUUUUUUUAAAAGUAUAUUUAUGGCAAAGGUAUAUUUAUGUGCUUUAUUUGGAAAGAGCACCCAAAAACCCAAACCCGAAAGCAGGUUCCUCUAUAAGUGCUGUACAGAGAAAAUAAACAAUAUGGCUGAAAACGAUGUAGCACAGUAACAUACAACAUGUUUGAAGGAUUCACUUAACCUGUAAUAUUGAGUGUAACAAUUAUGUGGAACAUAUUUUCUGUUUCAUGCAUAUUUGUUGCCAUUCAGCAUGAAACAGCUGAUUGACAGCGGGUUACAUGCAGGAAUCAUUCACACACUCGGACAUGAAUCUGUGCGGGUUGCUCAGGCUGUUUUGCUUUGCAGAGUGUGCUUCGGCCUGAGCGCUGACAUGGACCACAACCUGACGGAGCUUCGGCAGCAACAGACGACCAGGGAGUUUAACCCCACCCAGUUUCCUGCUUUCUACUCCGAUGCUUACCGGUUAACGUCGGGUAACGUUCCGCAUCCCUGCGAGGGAGACCAGGUGGUCCCUUCGUCCCGGAGAAAAGGCCGCCAGAAAGAGGCCAAACCCCUCCCUCCUUUGCCUGACCCUGAGGACUUUAUGUCAGAUGAAGCUGCAGACAGUGAGGUCGAAUUCUUUACCAGCGACCGCCAGCGCCUCCUGCCCAAAAGCUGCUCAAAGGCGAUAACCAGAAGCAGCAACAAAAACUGUGGUCAGGAAAAUUUUGCCUACCAGGGGGCCUCACUGGGGAUCAGGCCUGCUGGAUCCGACUCCAUCGCUUUCUCCUGGCCAAGCAGAGAGGACAGACCACUGGGCAGAGGACCCAGAAUUGCAGCAAACUUUGAUCAAUUUGCUCAUGAGAAAAGAGUCAACCAGCACAAGGUGUCUUCUAUUGGAGGGAAACUGUCAAACCAAGCCCAGCCAUCCUCCAGAAACCGAUUUUCCUGUUCAGGUUUUCCUUCUGACGCCCGUAUGAGUUAUCCGCCCGUCCUCCCUGAAAAACCUCGAAUCCCUCCUCGCAUCCCCAUCCCGUCCAAACCCUCAGCUUCCUCAAAGCCAGCGAGCGACAACGACGACGAAAAGCCUCCCAAGGUCCCCCCACGCGUCCCCUUGGUCCCGCCCUGCCCGCCGCGCACCCCGAGCCCCAAAAGUCUCCCGAUAUACAUCAACGGCGUGAUGCCCGUCACGCAGAGUUUUGCUGCUAAUCCAAAUUAUGUGAGCAAGACCGUACAGAGGCAGCAGAGUGAAAGGGCCCCGCCGGCGGCACAGUUUUCUCCCUGCAUCGUUCCCAUUUUGAAGGACGGCAAACAGGCCAGCGCCACACACUACAUCCUGCUGCCGCCGGGGCGGCACACCCACGCCGAGAGGCGGGGAAGGCUCCUGAGCGAGCCCACCAGGACGGGAUGUGUGUGGCAGAAAAGAUAGAUGCAAAGCAAGUGACUUACAUUAGGCAUGGGCCAGUAAAACUGUCUUAUGGCAUAAUUUUUAGUUUAAAAAACAAAACAGUAUCAUGGUAUUAAUAAGAAAAAAAAGGUAUACAUUUGGUUGCUUUUAAGAGCUUCUUAUGGAGAGCAUUAUAUGCUUUUGCCAUUCUUUACAGAGCAACACUUGGAGUCCGUUAAGCUGAUUGUGUGCUGUGAAUAAAUGUAAAAUCACAUCAAGGUGUUCUGUGGAAAAUAACAGCAAAGAAUACCUGUUAGGUGAAAUUCAAUGUAAAACCACCUAAUUUACAAAGCAGCUUUAGAAUUGAAGAUGAGAAAAAAAGAAAAAGUAGCCUUCGUCCAGUCAGCCGACUGGUCGUGCAUAUCAACAGGUAGGAGAACAAUGACCCGUCCAGUAUUUCUCUUCAUUCUCAUUAAAAUGACUUUAAGCCACAGGUACGAUGUGACAGAAACGUCUGGCAUUAACGGUUUUAAACCAAGCUGUACCUUGUUACCAGCACUGACCCAUGACUGACCCAUGCCUAACUCACCUUGUGUACAUGAUACACUGCUGUACUUAUGUUAUCAUCUGUCACCCAUUUAUUUUAUUUUGGUUUCACUGUGAUUUGUUUUUGACUGAAUAUCCUACCGGUCAGUAUUUUUAAGAGACAUUUUAACUGUUCAACCCUACAGCAAUAAAGUGCGGCACUCAGUAUUUCUCUAGUAGUGGAGGAAACACACUUACCUCAUUUAACUUUUUUCACUGAGAAGUAUUUCUCAAUUAAUUACAAAGUCAUCUGUUUUUUUUGUGUUGUAUUUUUUUAGUUUAAAUAAACAAAACUUGUAGUCAUUACCCACAGAUUGAUAUAUUUCAUGUGUUUGUUUCUGUUUGUGAUUAGAGGUUUUAAUUAACUAAGCUAGAAUGAUCAAAAUAAAAACAAAAACAUUUCAAAUAUAUCACUAUGUGUAAUGACGGUUAGAUUACUUUUCUCGAACCGAUAUUCUACUUGAUUGAGAUAUAUUUGUCCUGCAGUUUUUUAAAUGUCUAAUUACUGAGUAGUGCUUCUUGCAAAGUUGUGCUAAUGUCACUAAAACCAGCCUCAACCAACACUGUUUUCCUUAAAAGAGAGCACACACUUAAAGGUACAAGCUGGGCUUGUGCCUAUGCUCUGUUUGCACAAGUUGUUUUUUUUCCCCUGAUAAUUCUACUUAAGGCCUCUAAUAUAUUCACAGAUGUAAUAUUUUCAGAUCUUUUUAAACAUUCGGACUGACGCUAAAUCUGACAGUGAAGCAUAUGUUUGGUGAACACACCCUAUUAUCAGAAGAGACCUUAAAGUGUUUCCUGUCGUAAUUUUCAGGUUUUGAUUGAAUCAGUUUGCCUAUUUGAGAAAAUAGGCAAACAGAUCUUAACAUGCAACAACCUAACUUUGUGAAUUUUUGUUGCACACAUUCCAACUAGAACGUAUUACAUCAAAAGAUGCAAUUAGACAUCUGAAUACAAAAACCCACACCUAAAGUUCAAAUGAAAUGUGAUCAAGGGAUUCACUCAGUUUUUUUUUUUUGUUUUUUUUUAAGAGUUGCUUCUUUCUACAUACUAUCCUAAUCCGCUUUUAGGUCUUCCGCCUAUUAUUUAAUUUUUCCAGACAAAGGAGGCCUACUUAGUUCAAAUCAAAUUUCACCUUUAUGAUAAUCAUUUAUCCCCAUGUGUAAAUUUUUUUGUCAGCGUUGCUUUAGUUGACAUGGCAACUGCCCGCGUUGGAUUUAUUUUUUACAGAGAUUUGUGGAUGAAAUCCAUUUACGUUUACACUGCUGAAGUUCAGACUCAUGUUUACAACCUUUGUUACACCGACUUCAUGAAGUUCUUAUAAAGGUUCAACAUGGAUUCAGGCCCUUGAAAGGCUGCAGAUUGUAAUAUUGUUUUAUGGUCUAUUUAAUGAAAUAAAUAACUUAUUCAUUGUGUAACUUAUUUCUUGAUCUUUUCUACCAGAUGCCAUUAAAAUAGGGGCUCUGAAUGUUUUUGUUUUUUUUGGGGGAGGGGUGGGUAAGUGUGAGCAAAAACAUGAAGUCCUGCCUACAGAUUGAUCUGCAUAAUGUUCACUUGUGAAGUGCCUUAAGUUUAACGCUUCAACAAUCUUUUGGGCAGCAGCUUGGAAGGCUUUGGAAAGAAAGAAAAACAUUCAGAUGGGAGUUCUCAGAAAGAUUUUAAUGGAUCAAAACAGGGAAAAUGAAGUCUACUGUUUGACAUGUUCCUCUAAUUUUAUAACAGUGCCAUCUGUUAGAAAUCUAAAUGGCUGACCGCAGAUCAUCUUGUCCUUGCUUGGUCUUGCGUCAGAGUUCAGCUGCUUUCCUAUCAAACCAAAACUACAGGAUAUCCUGGCAAUUUAGCAG